AUCAGAUCCCAACCGCCAGGAAGCCGGCGCCAUCAUGCCCAAGAAUAAAGGGAAAGGAGGUAAAAACAGGCGAAGAGGUAAGAAUGAGAAUGAAUCUGAAAAGAGAGAACUGGUCUUUAAAGAGGAUGGCCAAGAGUAUGCUCAGGUAAUCAAAAUGCUGGGAAAUGGACGAUUAGAAGCAAUGUGUUUUGAUGGUGUAAAGAGGUUAUGUCAUAUCAGAGGAAAACUGAGAAAAAAGGAUAACAAAGCUGAUGUAAUUUUAAAGUACAAUGCAGAUGAAGCUAGAAGUCUGAAGGCAUAUGGCGAGCUUCCAGAACAUGCUAAAAUCAACGAAACAGAUACAUUUGGUCCUGGAGAUGAUGAUGAAAUCCAGUUUGAUGACAUUGGAGAUGAUGAUGAAGACAUUGACGAUAUCUAAAUUGAACUUAAAGUUUCGGAGUAUUUGUUCCAUAGUUUGGGUUUUGGCCAUCACCUGUCAAGAAGACUAAAACUUCAGGAUAAUUGCAGUUUGCUAACACACACUGAUUUGUUUUCAUUGUUUUCAUGUAUUUAUUAUUAUCUUUAAAUGAGCUGU